AUGUCCGCCUCAGUGUAUAUUGUAUCUGCGAUUAGAACACCCAUAGGUUCUUUUCUCGGAUCUCUCUCGAGUCUAAGUGCUACCCAAUUGGGAGGGAUUGCAAUUAAAGCCGCUGUGGAGGCUGUUCCAGAAAUCAACCCUGAAGACGUCGAAGAAGUAUUUUUUGGAAAUGUUCUGUCGGCAAAUCUUGGUCAAAAUCCUUCCCGCCAGUGUGCUAUAGCAGGUGGUUUAUCUGAAUCGACUGUUUGUACUACUGUAAACAAAGUUUGCGCUUCUGGACUAAAAGCCAUUAUACUAGGAGCCCAGACAAUUUUAACCGGGAACGCUGAAAUUGUAGUGGCAGGUGGAACAGAAUCAAUGUCAAACGUACCCCAUUAUCUUCCAACCCUUCGACAAGGUACAAAAUAUGGUGAUCAAACCUUAGUUGAUGGAGUAUUAAAAGACGGCCUCACUGAUGCUUAUGCACGGAAAGAUCACAUGGGGAUAUUCGGAGAGGAGUGUGCUGCAGAGUAUCACAUAACUAGAGAGGAGCAAGAUGAGUAUGCUAUUAAGUCAUAUCAGAAAGCCCAAAGGGCAACUGAAGUAGGAAAUUUCAAGUCUGAAAUUGUUUCAGUCGAAGUAAGUGGAGGGAGAGGUAAGCCGAACAGAAUUAUUGAAAAAGAUGAUGAGGUUGGGAAUUUAAACGUGGAAAAACUCAAGGCUGUGCGGCCUGCUUUCCUACAAAGUUCAGGAACUAUUACAGCACCCAAUGCAGCACCAAUCAAUGACGGUGCAUGUGCUUUGGUUCUCGUCUCAGAGCUAAAGCUGAAAGAAUUAGGGCUGAAGGCUUUGGCUAGAAUCCGAGGAUGGGGCGAUGCUGCUCAUGCCCCCAAUAAAUUCACGACGGCUCCAGCGCUUGCUAUUCCAAAGGCACUCAAGCAUGCAAAAAUUAAUGCUUCCCAAGUUGACUACUACGAAAUUAACGAGGCGUUUUCGGUAGUGGCUUUGGCAAAUAUAAAGCUUCUUGAACUUGAUCCAUCUCGGGUAAACAUACACGGAGGUGCUGUUGCUAUCGGCCAUCCACUGGGUUGUUCAGGAGCACGGAUUGUAACGACUCUAAUAAAUGUGUUGCGGGAGCAGAAGUCUAAGAUAGGCGUCGCCGGUAUAUGUAAUGGCGGUGGUGGUGCAUCUGCAAUAGUCAUUGAGUCGUUAACUUAA